UUACAGGAUGAGGGGUCCGAUGUGAGGGUUUAGUGUGGCAGAUUGCAGCAGCCGCAGGGUGAACAUCAGCGCCACCACAGCCAAUAUGUCGGACGACCAAUCUGAAGACCACUCCGAGAAGUGCACCAUCAAGAAGAAUACCAGCGCCAACGACGUCGAGAAAUACCACAAGUUCGUGUAGGCAAGAGAAUCAUCCAUGAUAAACUUCAAAAGAAGUCAUUCCGAUGCAUUCGCCUCAGUACUGUCCUCUCUGGAAGGCUCUCCGUCUUACCAGGAGUCGCUGAAGUAUGACCACUUCAGCCGAACGAUCUGCAGAGGACAAAUUGCCUCCGUCUCGCAUUCGAAUCAUCCCAGUAGAUGAUAUCCGUCUCACCUGGUAGAUUUUUUGAAGGAUCAGCCCACCUCCCAGAGCGGCAGGGAGCCACAACCACAUACCGUUGGAGGGAUUCCUGUGCCGUUGGCCUUCGAUGCGUCGACAUGCAGCAAAACGACGAUGAUCCUAAAUAAUGGGGAUCGAAGAGCUAAGUACAAUUAACUAGUCCCGUGCUGCAGGAGGGCUUUGCUUUGUCUGAGCCCAAAGCGCUUUAUCUGAGCUCACAGCAGCAGCG